UGCUGGCCAAGGAGGAGUGCUUCCGGGUACGCGCGAGGUGACCCCGGCUGCCCCGGGGACCGCGGCGGCAGCAGCUAUGGGGGCGCACCUGGCCCGGCGCUACGUGGGCGAUGCCUCGGUGGAGCCCGACCCCCUGCAGAUGCCCAGCUUCCCGCCCGACUACGGCUUCCCCGAGCGCAAGGAGCGCGUGAUGGUGGCGACGCAGCAGGAGAUGAACGAUGCGCAGCUGGUGCUGCAGCAGCGCGACUACUGCGCGCACUACCUCAUCCGGCUGCUCAAGUGCAAGCGCGACAGCUUCCCCAACUUCCUGGCCUGCAAGCACGAGCAGCACGACUGGGACUACUGCGAGCAUCUCGACUACGUGCAGCGUAUGAAGGAGUUCGAGCGGGAGCGUCGCCUGCUCCAGCGGAAGAAGCGGCGGGAACGGAGGGAGGCCGAAGCCGCCAGAGGCCAGGGGGCCGGCGAAGUGGCUCCGGAGAUGGCCCUAUAGGGCUCUGUCCACUUCGCUGUGGACCCAUCAAAGAAAUAAAGCCUCCAGGCCCUUCCCCAGA